AUGGCAUCAUCAAGCAGAUCUGGAAGAGCACCAGCUAGACAAGACCGGGGCGGCCAACAAGAGGAAUACUGCGACGAGCUUGUCUAUGAUAUUCUCAAGAAGAUGAACCAAUUUAAGACUGACAUCAAAGAGGAUAUGGACUACUUAAAGGGGCGGGAGGUAGACUGGGUAGAUUGGGAGGCAGAGCGCUAUUCGCAGGGCACAAUUUACAACAAGCUAACCAAAGAAGUGGGCGACGUGCAAGAGAUCCUUGAUUCUACGCCGGGGUAUAGCAGUCGUGAGAGUGCUAAGAAUAAGAUAAUCAGGAAGCACGAAGAGGUCCUGAAUGCUCAGAAAAGGUUUAACCAGCUUUGUGAGAGAUAUUUGCCUCCUAGGCGCUAG